UCUGUAUAAAAUCCCUUGAACCCUACUCUUUGUCUUCAUCCUCUCACUGCCUCUCUUUUUUUUCACUACUACUCAGUACUCACUUCGCUAAAACCCUAAUUUCGCGAUUCCCCUUCUCUGAGAUAUCAAGAAAUGGCUUUUUGCAACAAACUUAGUGGUAUUUUGAGACAAGGUGUUUCUCGCAGCUCAAAUGUUCCAGUGACAUCUAUGCUUGGCUCUCUCCGUUACAUGUCCACUAAGCUUUUUGUUGGUGGUCUCUCAUGGGGAACUGAUGACAGCUCCUUGAAGCAGGCUUUCUCUAACUUUGGUGAAGUCACAGAAGCUACGGUGAUUUCAGACAGAGAGACAGGGAGGUCGAGGGGUUUUGGAUUUGUCAGUUUCAGCAGUGAAGAUUCUGCAACCAAUGCCGUAUCAGAAAUGGAUGGAAAGGAGCUGAAUGGCAGGAACAUCCGUGUGAACCUUGCAAACGAAAGACCGAGUGCCCCGAGAUCAUCAUUCGGUGGUGGUGGUGGUUACGGUGGUGGAGGUGGAGGUGGCGGUGGCUACUAAAAGAAACAAGCCAGAAGAUUUGACAGAGAGAGAGAGAGAGAAGGAGCCUCUGAAGUCUGAACUUUUCAGUAGUUAGUUAGUUUGUUUCCUUCUUUGUUUUAACUGCAAACAACCUUAACAGGUUUUGUUAAACUUCUGUUUUGGUUGUCUUUCCAAUGAAUACCGUAUUGCUGCUGCUCCAUCUUCUGCAAAUCUAUUUUGCAUCGAGUUGAUUCGAUGUUUACACUUUUCCUUUUAUCUACUUUGUGGUCUACUUUUGUUCUACUUCUAGAUUUGAGCGCGUAAUAUAUCUUUUCUAUCAA